UCUUGAGACGCUGAGAGUGCUACGAAAUGUUUAUAAGCAUGUUUCCUUUUUUUAAUACAAAACUGUUGUUUCUAUCCUAUAAUGAAUAAUCUGUGAAUAAAAUUCAAAGAUCUUAACGGAAAUUUCUUUGCUUUGGAAGAUUAUUAAGUGACAGAGGAAUUUGACGCGCGAUGCUGUUUAUGGAUGUGGUAGGGUUUCUUCAAUUUCUUGUCACUGCUGCUAAUGUAGUGCAAGCUAUCGGGCGGCAGCAGUUAUCGACCCCCGUCUGCACUUCGGAUCUUUGUCAUCAAGUUGCCCGUGAAAUCAUCUCCAAGAUGGAUGAAACUGUUGAUCCGUGCGUGGAUUUCUUUGCUUACGCAUGCAACCGUUUGAAUAGCAGCAACGGUCUUUGGAGCGAAGUGCUCCGUCUCAAGAUUUCAAAACAACUUGAAGAGCUGUUCGGGAGUGGAAAAUACACCAAUCGCAUGGAAAAAAAAGCAGUGGAUAUUUACAACCAGUGCAUUAACGAGACGCAAGAUAGGGGAAUCGACGUCCACCGUCUCUUGCGCGCUAUUGAUGAUUUGUUUGCUGGGUGGUCGCUAUUAAAAAACAAUCCCAAUGUGUCCGCUUUCCGCCUGAACGACGUUCUCCUCCGUCUGCAACAGAACAACAUUCAGACCAUCAUUUAUUUAUCCGUAGAAAGAGACGAUUUUUCCAGCGACCAGAACAUCCUCUUCUUCAGGAUGCCUGGCCGCCUUUAUAACCGGUGGGAACUUUGCGCCCAUUACCCAAAUCCAUGCAAUGCAACUGGGCAGUUGAUGACCAUAUGGAAGACUAUUGUCCAACGUUUGAUGAAAGUGACCAAUGCAAGUGUCCAGUGGUCAACAGUGGAGAAGCGGUUGGAGAAAGUUCUCAUGUUGGAUUUUACGCUGGCAACGGUGCAAAAUAUUCCAAAUGGAACGAUGGACUUUCUAAGGCGUAAAACGUUUGGUGAUCUUGGGAGACCACCAUACCGCUCGCGAUUUCUAGCAAGCUUCUUGACGCUGUUCAACAACAUGCUUAAUGCGUCUUCGGUAAAUUUUCGAGCCACUGCUGCUACACAGUUUGGGGCCCCGCUCUCAGAGUAUCUCAUCAAGCUGGAUCAAACGAUGGCGCAGCUGGAACGGGACGGGGAUGUGGGACUUGCGACACUGGCCGAUUGGCUGUGGUGGAUAGCGCUAAAUCAUUAUUACCUCGUAUAUCAAGAGGCUUACCACUGCGUGAAGUUGGUAAAAACAGCCAUGCCGUUGACUGUUUCGCGGAUGUUCUUCAGAACAUAUGUACCAAACGAGGUCGUCCAAAAGGCCAAAGAGCUGACAUCCGAAAUUGUAAACGGGGUACGCGACGCAGUUCUGCUCAAAACAACCUGGAUGGACAUGGGAACAAAAGAAACCGCCAUGGAUCGGCUGAAUCAUACGCUGCGGAAUGUAGGAUAUCCCGAGGAGUUCUUGAACAACUGGACACUUAUCGAUGGCCUCUACGCAAAGGUUCAAGUGGGGAAGUCAUUAUACGAGACACUGCGCAACAUUGAUCAAAGCAGCAGCUGGAUUAAUCUCCAAAAGCUUGCUCGAUCUAACGCCCGCAGUGACCCCUUUUGCCCGGCCGAUUUAACCGAAGUGUUCGCCAAGUUUUACUCGGACAUCAACUAUAUCGUUAUUCCGGAGUCACUGUUACAACCACCAAUCUUGUACCCAAGCAACUUGGACAUUUUUAACUACGCUCGCUUUGGUUAUAUUAUUGGGCACGAAUUUACCCAUGUUUUGGAUAUCGGAGUGAAAGAGUUUGACACGGAGGGCGGCAAACCGUUUUACUGGUGGACAAAUGCGACACAGAACAAUUAUCAUGCGAGAAAAUACACUUUAGUGGAUUUUUACAACAAUAUCAGCACGAAGAACGACAGCAUCGAUGCACGGCAAACUCUUAUAGAAAAUACUGCCGACAAUGGCGGAUACCGCGCUGCUUACUUGGCUUUUCAAGACUUUAUGCGCCGCACGGGAUACCGCAUCAAACUACCCGGAUUAGAAGCCUUAAAUGAAAGCCAGCUGUUCUGGCUGAUAGGGGCUCAGGCAUGGUGCACCAGUCCUUUAUUAAAAAAUUAUGACGAGAAGCACGGGCCGAACCGAUUCCAUGUGAUGGGACCGUACAUGAACAGCGAGGAUUUCGGUGCAGAUUACAGGUGUCCACUAGGAACUCCAAUGAACCCGCGGAUGAAGGCGUGGUAGAGAUGGCUUCAUCGUUUGAUUAGAAGUUUUUGCUGUAAAGUGGUGAUAGGCGAUAAAAACAGAUGAUCACUACCAACAUCAAAAUCGGCAAAUGCUACAGCCGUUGCAAGAACACGAGCGCACGUACGAGUACCACCGACAGCGGAAUCCAACUUGUUUUUCAACAGCUGAACGCCGAUGAGCAAACAACAGCAAAAUCGAAAAAAUGAGCGCAUUUCACUUUCAUUAGUGAUCUACUCUUUCUUUAACAAUAAUUAUAGGUGUCGUCAAAAAUAAUUAUGAUGGGCAACCGAUAACCGAAUUCCCUAACCGAAACGGCGUAUGGCGCAAAUCAA